AUGCCCACAGGCUGUGCCAUGGACCAGCCGCCGCAGGCUGCCUCCGCCAACACCGACAUUCGGAACUGCUCCGCGGACCCACCGUACCUGCCGCCUACGGCCAUCAACACGACGGCGCGGCUCGCCGCUCUGCGGGGCACCAUGCGAGCCCACAGCGUUCAUGCCUACAUCGUGCCCUCCACGGAUGCCCACAUGAGCGAGUACAUCGCCGAGCGGGAUUCCCGGCUGGGCUGGCUGACCGGCUUCACUGGCUCUGCAGGCACCGUAGUGGUGACGUGGGACAAGGCUGCCCUAUGGACCGACAGCCGCUACUGGAUCCAGGCAGAGCGGCAGCUGGACUGCAACUGGGAGCUGCAGAGGACAACCUGGAUCAAGUCCAUCGGGCUGUGGAUCCUGGAGGCAGUUCCUGUGGGGGCGAACAUCAGCUUGGACCCCUUCCUCUUCUCCAUCGACACCUGGAACAGCUACAGCCAGGCUCUGCACGGCUCUGGCAGGACCCUGCUCCCCAUCGAGACCAACCUUGUAGAUCAAGUGUGGGGUGACCAGAGACCCCCUCCAGCCUCCAGCGAGAUCUACAGCCUCCCGGCAGCAUUCACGGGCAGCAGCUGGCAGGAGAAGGUGGCCGGGAUCCGGCAGCAGAUGGAGCAGCAUGUUCGACGCCCCACGGCCGUGCUGCUGUCAGGGCUGGAGGAGACGGCCUGGCUCUUCAACCUCCGUGGAAAUGACAUUCCCUACAACCCCGUCUUCUACUCCUACACCCUGCUGACCAACACCAGCAUAAGCCUGUUCGUGGAUGAGACGCGGCUGGCGGCGGCGGCACUGCAGUCCCUGCAGGCAGGCUGCCCGGGGCCGCUGUGCGUGGAGCUGCAGGAGUACGGGCAGGCACGUGCCCACCUCCGCCGCUACGCCCAGGGCAACGUCACCGUCUGGCUGGGCACCGAGUACACCACCUACGGCCUCUACGGCGUCAUCCCCCAGGAGAAGCUGCUGGAGGACAGCUACUCCCCCGUCAUGCUGGCCAAGGCUGUGAAAAACGCCAAGGAGCAGGAGCUGCUGCGAGCCGCUCACGUUCGGGACGCAGUGGCUGUCAUCCAGUACCUGCUGUGGCUGGAGAAGAUGGUCCCACAGGGGCAGGUGGACGAGUUUUCGGGGGCACGGCACAUCGACAUGCUCCGCCAGGCCCAGGAGCACAACCGUGGGCCAAGCUUCCAGUCCAUCUCCGCCAGCGGGCUCAACGCAGCACUGGCCCACUACAGCCCCUCCAACAGGAGCAGCAGGAAGCUGUCUGUGGAUGAGAUGUACCUUUCAGACACCGGAGGGCAAUAUCUGGACGGGACGACAGACAUCACGCGGACGAUGCACUGGGGUGUGCCGACCCCACUCCAGAAGGAAGCCUACACCCGUGUGCUGAUGGGCAACAUCGACCUGUCCCGCCUCAUCUUCCCACCCAACACAGCAGGGCGAGUGGUGGAGUCCUUCGCCCGCCGGGCACUCUGGAACGUGGGACUCAAUUAUGGCCAUGGGACCGGCCACGGCAUCGGCAACUUCCUCUCGGUCCAUGAGUGGCCUGUGGGCUUCCAGUCCAACAACGUGCCCCUGAUGGCCGGCAUGUUCACCUCCAUCGAGCCCGGGUACUACCGAGAUGGCGAGUUUGGGAUCCGCAUCGAGGAUGUCGCCCUCGUGGUGGAGGCGCAGACCAAGAAGCCCUUCCUGACCUUCGAGGUGGUGUCCCUGGUGCCCUACGACCGCAACCUCAUCGACCUCAGCCUCCUGUCACCGGAGCAGAUCCAGUACCUGAACGCCUACUACGAGACCAUCCGGGUGCGCGUGGGGCCAGAGCUGCAGCGGCAGCGGCUGGAGGAGGAGUACCGCUGGCUGCAGAGGAACACCGAGCCCUUCCCGCUGGGCAGUGCCACCACUGCCACCGCCACCCUCGGCACGCUGGUCCUCGCCUCCCUCCUCUCUGCGCUGCUCACCGGGCUGCAAGCCUGA